AGGGCUAAUCUGGGCAGCAGUAGUUUCCUGUGUGGUUCUCUCAGGUCACUUGUGUUUUGAAUUCUGUGUUCAGUCAGAAAAGUCUUUCAUAAGACAGAGAAGGAAUUAUUUGGUUCGCUAUACCUUCUCUUGUCUUCAUGUCUGGACUCUAGAUACAGAAUAAGGACUGUUAAGUGUCUUAAAUUCAGACUUCUUUCAUGAAAAUUAAGGUCUGCUUCUGCUAAGGAUAUACUUAGAAUCACUCUGCAAAAAUUCCAGCAUUUUCUUCUGAAAGAAGUAAUGAGUGAAUUAAUCUAUUCUAAUUUGAAAUUUCCACAUUCAUCUAAGCCAAAGAGAAGGCAAAAAGCUGAAACAACUAAAAGAAAAGAGCAUCCUGUUCCUUCUUCUCCAUGGAGAGUCAUUGCAGUGGUUCUAGGGAUCAUUUGCCUGUUACUUAUGUUGUCUUGGGGACUCUUUGCUGCAUUGCGUGCAUUUGGAUCCCAGGAAACAGAUAGUAAUCAGGAAUACAUCAGGAACUAUCCUACUUGUCCAGACAACUGGCAUCAAUAUGGAAAAAACUGCUAUCAUUUUGCAAGAAAUUUGCUUCCUUGGAAAGAAUGUGACAGUUCUUGCACUGAUUUAAAGUCAAGAUUUCUUAAACUGGAUACUGAAGAAGAGAUGAAUUUUUUAAAAAAAUUAUCCAAGAUGCAAUGUAAUAUGCAAAAUGAAAAAUUUUUUAUCAGUUUAUCCUACAAUAGCAAACAACUAAAAUGGACUUGGGGAGAUGGCACAGAUCUUACCCUGAACAAGUUCUGUGACCAGAGUGCCACCAUUCUGAAAUUUAUUUAA